GCCGAGAUGAGAAUGAGAUGGGGUAGGAGUAGUAGACCAAAGAAAUCAAAAGCAGGGGAGUGAAACUUCCUUCCUGUCGUAAACAAAAGCAUCUACAUACAUGUCUCUCUCUCUCACACACACACACACUUUCCUUAAUAUAAUCCCAUAUUCCAUUCGUUCUCUCAUAAAUCAGUCCAGUAGCUGCUGCUUCUACUUCUAAGACUCGCUCACUUUUCACCGUCUAAUCUAACCAUACACAUACAGUUUAAAGGAAUCAAUUCCAGGUCUUCUUCUUCUUCGUCUUAUGACCUCCUGAGCAGCUACAAGAAUGCAGAAAUCCAACAAUCACCAUCACCAUCACCAGCAGCCCUAUUACUGGACAGCUACUACUAAGCAGCAACAUUUGGAUCAGACUGUUUAUUUUUCUGGUGGUGACGUUGAUGGUGAUGGAGAUGUAAGCCAAGGAAGCCAACAGUUUUCUUCUGAUCACACACUCCCCAACAAUUCUUUCUCUUCAAAUGGCAGCCCCAGUUCGCUUCACUCCUUCCAACCCGAACCACUCUAUCAUUCCCCUGAUGACUACACCUCUCACCUGAAUAUGGACCCUCAUUUGCAGAACACCAUUAGAGAAUUAGAAACUAUCAUUGGAAUCGAUCAAGACUUUUCUUCUUCCAAUUGGGGUGAUGGUGGUGGGUGUGAUACAUAUAAUAUCAUUCCAGCCGACGAGGAAUGUAGCAUCAUGGAAGAGAUCAUUGCUAGAGGAGAUUUAAAAGAAGCUCUUCUUGCUUGUGCUAAAGCUGUUGCACAAAACAACACCGCACUUGCUGAAAAGCUAAUAUCAAUGUUACGCCCUUUCGUCUCCGUUUCUGGUGACCCUUCACAAAGAUUAGCUGCUUACAUGUUGGAAGGCCUCGUUGCUCGUUUGUAUGCCUCUGGUACCUCUAUCUACAAAUCUUUGAAGUGCAAAGAGCCAACUGGUGGUGAACUCUUCUCCUAUAUGAUGUUACUUUACGAAGCCUGCCCGUAUUUCAAGUUUGGUUAUUUAUCUGCAAACGGGGCCAUUGCUGAAGCUACCAAAAAUGAAGACUCGAUCCAUAUAAUUGAUUUUCAAAUUUCACAGGGAGGUCAGUGGGUGACUCUUAUCCAAGCUCUAGCGGCUAGACCUGGUGGUCCACCAAAGCUACGCAUCACUGGCAUUGAUGAUUCUAGAAAUGCAUUUGCUAGGGGUGGAGGACUCAAUAUUGUUGGUCAGAGACUGGCCAAACUAGCAGAAUCUUGUAAAGUACCUUUUGAGUUUUAUGGCGUGCCAGUUUCUGUUUCCGACAUUGAGAUUCAGCAUCUUAGGGUUCAGCCUGGGGAGGCAUUGGCAGUUAAUUGUGCAUUGGUGUUGCAUCACCUACCAGAUGAGACUGUGCAUCCUCAGAAUCACAGGGAUAGAUUGAUAAGGCUCAUCAAGAGUUUGUCUCCAAAAGUUGUGACUCUUGUUGAGCAGGAAUCUGAUGUCAAUACGACAAAUUUCUUUUCCAGGUUUCAAGAGGCAUUCAGCUACUACUCGGCCAUGUUUGACUCGAUUGAUGCAACGCUACCAAGAGAUCAUAGAGAACGGAUUAAUGUAGAACAGCAUUGUCUUGCUGGUGAAAUAGUUAAUGUAUUAGCAUGUGAAGGGACUGAGAGGGAGGAGAGACAUGAGCUUCUCGGGAUGUGGAGGUCACGUUUUGCUAAGGCUGGAUUCACUCCAUUCCCUUUGAGCACCUAUGUAAAUGCCACCAUCAAGACCCUGCUUGAGAACUACUGUGACAAGUAUAGACUUGAAGAGAGGGAUGGCGCUCUGUUUCUUGGAUGGAUGAAUCGAGAUCUGGUUUCUUCUUGUGCUUGGAAAUGAUAAUGUAGGCCUAGUUUGUAAGUUUUAGAUGACAUUUGUAAUGUACUUUAUUCAUGCAAACAAUGUGUAAUAUACUACUAAUAUGUUUCAAAUUACAUAAUGUGGUAAUAAAGGCCCGUUUCUUGUAUGA